ACACUGUUGACGCGGGUUUGUUUUUCAUGUCAGCGACUCCAAUAACAUGAUAUUAAUCCCCUGGAAUACUAAUUUUAGCUGGGGACCCUUACAAAAAAUCGUGUAUUUUACACCCCGGAACACAAUUUUUAACUGAAGAGCCCAUCGAAACGCAGUUUUGAGUAGCGCUUAUGCGGGGUUUCUUGUGGAAACCUGGCAACCCUGAUGUGUUCCGUGUGUUAGUUGAGCGUGACGCAGCAGUGACGCCGCGCGCCUGUAAUAAGGAUCAGCUCAGUCAGUAAAGCGCAGGUCAAACAAACAAACAUACUUUAUCACAUUCACCCUAAAAACACUGAGACAUGGACUCGGACGAGGGCUACAACUACGAAUUUGACGAGGAAGAGGAGGAGGAGGAAGAAGAGGAGGAGUGCAGCGAGGACAGCGGGGAAGAGGAGGCCGAGGAUGAGGACCUGGGCGAGGUGGAGCUGCUGGACCCGGCCGUGGCCGGAGGAGAGCCCGAUGACUGCGUCGACACCGGCGGCGGAGGAGGCCUGGGGCCCGGCCAGGACGAGGAGGACUACCGCUUCGAGGUGCUGACCACCGAGCAGAUCCUCCAGCACAUGGUGGAGUGCAUCAGGGAGGUCAACGAGGUCAUACAGAACCCAGCUACGAUAACUAGAAUACUCCUCAGUCACUUCAACUGGGACAAAGAGAAGCUCAUGGAGAGGUACUUUGAUGGAAAUCUGGACAAGUUGUUUACAGAGUGCCAUGUCAUAAACCCCAGUAAAAAUCCCAAAACGCGACCAAUGAGCACACGCUCCUCCAGUCAGGAUAUGCCCUGCCAGAUCUGCUAUCUCAACUUCCCGAACUCGUAUUUCACAGGUCUUGAAUGUGGACACAAGUUCUGCAUGCAGUGUUGGGGCGACUACCUAACCACCAAAAUCAUUGAGGAAGGCAUGGGACAGACCAUCUCGUGUCCUGCUCACAGCUGUGAUAUUUUGGUUGACGAUAACACUGUAAUGCGACUGAUCACAGAUUCUAAAGUGAAGUUGAAGUAUCAGCAUUUAAUCACCAAUAGUUUUGUAGAGUGUAACAGACUGUUGAGAUGGUGUCCAGCUCCCGACUGCCACCAUGUGAUCAAAGUUCAGUAUCCUGAUGCCAAACCAGUUCGCUGCAAAUGCGGGAGGCAGUUCUGUUUCAAUUGUGGAGAGAACUGGCAUGAUCCUGUAAAAUGCAAGUGGUUGAGGAAGUGGAUUAAGAAGUGUGAUGAUGACAGUGAAACAUCCAACUGGAUUGCAGCAAAUACCAAGGAAUGUCCCAAAUGUCAUGUGACCAUUGAAAAAGAUGGUGGCUGUAAUCACAUGGUGUGUAGAAACCAAAGUUGUAAAGCCGAGUUCUGCUGGGUUUGUCUGGGCCCUUGGGAACCUCACGGCUCUGCUUGGUACAACUGCAAUCGCUACAAUGAAGAUGAUGCAAAGGCAGCCAGAGAUGCUCAAGAGGCGUCACAGCAUUCCCGUGCAGCCCUGCAGCGCUACCUCUUCUACUGCAACCGCUACAUGAACCACAUGCAGAGUCUGCGCUUCGAGCACAAGUUGUAUGCGCAGGUGAAGCAGAAGAUGGAGGAGAUGCAGCAGCACAACAUGUCGUGGAUCGAGGUGCAGUUCCUGAAGAAGGCCGUGGAUGUGCUGUGCCAGUGUCGCUCCACGCUCAUGUUCACCUACGUCUUUGCUUUCUACCUCAGAAAGAACAACCAGUCCAUCAUCUUUGAGAACAAUCAGGCUGAUUUGGAGAACGCUACAGAGGUGCUCUCGGGUUAUCUAGAGCGAGAUAUCUCCCAGGAUUCUUUGCAAGAUAUCAAACAGAAAGUUCAGGAUAAGUAUAGAUACUGUGAGAGCCGGCGACGAGUGCUGCUGCAGCACGUUCACGAGGGCUAUGAGAAAGACUUGUGGGAGUACAUUGAAGACUGAGCGGAACUGCUGAAUCACAAAAAAAGCAGCAAACAUGCUGUGAUCUCCGGUCGGCCAUCUCCAUGUUGCAUCCUUUUUACGUGGCAUCUGCAUUUCGUUAAAUUUAAUUUUACUGAAAUAAAAAGGUAGAAUAUUCUAAUAAAACUCCUACGUCAGUAUUGCAGUCUGUAAGAGUUGAUUGUCAAAACGGCACGGAAAUGUAUUCCGUUCUCCAAUCUUUCUGUGGAGAUUCUUCUUUAGUCUGUUUUUAAUUUUUAUUAGUGCUUUUUGUCUGAAGUUGUUUUUAUAGUUGGAGUUGAGAUUGGCUUGUCUUAAGCAUAGCAUUACAGGUCUGAGCCAUGCGGAGUGUGUUGUGUUUUGGGAAUGCUUGGUCGGGUGGCUUUAUGCAGAAGUGUGUAUUUCAAGUUGUAAAUAGCACACAUGCAUGGAACAUGGAGUGGGAUGCAUCUUCUUUUUUUUUUUUUUGCUUGCUUUUUGGAGAAAUAUUUAUUCUUUACAGAUAUUCAAGAAUGUGUUAACAAAAGAAGAGGACAGGUUUUUUUUUUUUUUUUUGCUGGAGGUUAAUAACCUUUCCAGGAUGUUUCACACCUGAAUCAGAGGCAUUGUAACAGCAGGGUAACAGUAGCCUUAAUUACAUGCAAAUAUACAAUGAGUAAAAAAUAGAAUUGCAUGAAUCUCAUACAGAAAUAUCUGGGUCAUAUGCCACUCCAAAAUCAAAAGGAAGAAAAUAAUAAAGUAUAUUUUGCAUAAAGAAAAUUCAGCCAACUUUUAGAACCAGUUGGAUUGUGUACAGUAUGACCGUUGUUCCACUAAUUAUUCAGAUUCAUUAAAAUUAAACCAAAUUCUCGUUACCAAAAUGCAAAACAACUCCUUAUCUGGAUAUUAGAAGAAUGGAAAAAGUUUUGUCCUUUGUUUCAGCACUAUUAAAAUGUUGUUCGUACUAUUGAAAUACAUUUAUUAUAAUGAGAAUUAGAGGUUUAAUGGUCUCUAAAUAAAAUGUAUUCAGUAUUCUCCUAAAAUGGUUUUAUUUCCUUUAUUCCAUAUAUACAAUUUUUUUUUUUUAGGUGAAAUGUGACCCGAAAGUGUUUUUGACUGUUUACAUGAGAUUCAACCAAUUGCUCUCAUUGUCAGCUGCCGUUCUGGAUGUGGACAUUUUAGCUGUUUGGUUUGAGCUAAGAUAGACCGGAACAUACACUCAUUUGUUUUUUAUGAACCAUCUCGUCUUGGUUGAUGUUUGGCUGUACGUUUAUCUCUUUAAAACAGCUGUUAUAGCAAACACACUACCAGAUGUUCCAUGAGAGCAAACCUGAGUGACAUUCACUCACCAACAACUAAAGUCUCAAAUGCUUUUACCUGUUUUUCAUUUUUCUUUUUUUAAAUUCAUGCACCUUUUGUAGUGUGAGAGGAGGCAGAUGAUUCAUUGAAAGCACUGUUGUAUUUCUUUACAUGACUUCCAAGUGAUUACGAGGCUUACUGGUACUGGCUAUCAAGCACUAUGUGGAGUAGAUCGAACUGAAACAUAGUCAAGCCUGGCUGUCAUUAACAAAAAGUUGGCCUUUUCUGUUAAACCAAUAGGGAAAAUAUGAGCGCUGUGUUUACACUAAUAUCAGAAGACAUCAAGCUCCAUACAGUAUGUGAACAGAUGUGACACCUGUUGUUAUUUUUAUUUUAUUCUUUCUUCACCUCGUUCGAACGCAUGGUUAUCAUUCUCAGUGCAUCAAACAUGUUUGCAUCUGAUCUCGGUUUGUAGGGUAGUUUACAGCAGCUUCUACUAAUUCUGAUGUCAUUUUUUAUGGCCUCCAUGAUUGGCACUUGGAGUUUGUGCUCAUGUUUUAUUAAUCCCUCACUGAGAAAAAGAAAAAUUCAACCCCCCCAAGGAACAGCAGUGUUGCCUGUGCAGAUGAUAUUUCUUCACCAAAGUGUGAAUAUAUUAAUAAAAAUAAAAAAAGAACAGUCUCUGAUUUAGAGAAAUGUUCAUCUAUGGUGGCUUUCCUGUGUUAUAACCAUUCUUAUAAAAAUGUCCUAUUUAAAUAAAUCUCAUUCAAAAGUA